AUGGCCGAAAUGAUAAAGGUGGACCUAGGUGACUGCGGGACAGGGGCAGACCCGGCGGUCAGCGCCAAGAGCAACCACUGCCUGGACGCCGCCAAGGCCUGCAACCUGAACGACAACUGCAAGAAGCUACGCUCCUCCUACAUCUCCAUCUGCAACCGCGAGAUCUCGCCCACCGAGCGCUGCAACCGCCGCAAGUGCCACAAGGCCCUGCGCCAGUUCUUCGACCGGGUGCCCAGCGAGUACACCUACCGCAUGCUCUUCUGCUCCUGCCAAGACCAGGCGUGCGCCGAGCGCCGCCGGCAGACCAUCCUGCCCAGUUGCUCCUACGAGGACAAGGAGAAGCCCAACUGCCUGGACCUCCGCGGCGUGUGCCGGACCGACCACCUGUGCCGAUGAAGAUGCUGAGGUCCAGGGAGGUGAAAUUAUCUGCCCAGAG